ACACUGAAGGCAGUGGCCGUGGUUGGAGUCCUGCUUCACGAGGGACACUUCUACACUGUUCCAAGCAAGACUACGCUCCGUGGCUGACAUGAACCAGAAGCCAUUGGCGCUGGCCGUGGAUUAAAUCGGAAAGUUUGGCGAUGGAGGCGGGAAAGUAGCGCAGGAAGCAGCACGCGAACCACCGUCGCCAGCGGACCUUGUACUGACUGCACUGCAGAGCACACUCGGCUCCUGCUGAAAAGUAUGCUCCAGCCGAGCUGCAGCCCCGGCUUCACUCACAAAUUCCCCGUGUUUUAAGGCAGUUGUGCGAGACAGUCGCUGGUUUUAUUCUCCCCCCCCCCCGUCACCUGGGAACUUCGCCGUCCAAGUCCUCCACUCACCUGCGAGAGAGAGAAUGGCUGAGAAGCUGACAGCCACGCCAGGCACGGGAAUACUGCUGGUGACCGCCAACGUUGGAUCCCUGUUCGAGGAUCCUGAAAAUCUACAGAAAACAUGGCUGAAGGAGUUAUACCAGACAGUUCAGUCACAUAAGCCUCAUUUCUUAGCUGUGCACUGUCAAGAAGUGGGUGGGAAGAAUUACGAGGAGUCCAUGUCACACGUGGAUAGUUUUGUCAAAGAGCUAUUGUCCAGUGAUGCCAUGAAGGAGUACAGCAGAGCACGUGUCUACCUCGAUGAGAACUACAAGUCCCAGGAACAUUUUACUGCUCUGGGAAGUUUCUACUUCAUUCACGAAUCUUUGAAAAACGUCCAACAGUUUGAUUUCAAAGCAAAGAAAUUCCGGAAGGUGAUCGGGAAGGAAACCUGCUCCGAGACACUAGAAUGCACACCCAUGCUGGAGAAGGAGAAGUUUCCUCAAGACUACUUUCCUGAGUGCAAGUGGUCCCGAAAGGGAUUCAUCAGAACUCGAUGGGCACUGCCUGACUGUUGUUUAGACCUGGUAAACAUCCACCUAUUCCACGAUGCAUCCAACCUGGUGGCCUGGGAGAAGAGUCCCUCCAUCUACUCGGGAACCAGGCAGAAGGCGUUGGGCUAUGUUUUAGACAGGAUCACGGACCAGCGGUAUGAAAAGGUGCCAUAUUUCGUCUUUGGAGAUUUUAACUUCAGGUUGGACUCAAAGCAGGUUAUUGAGAGUCUCUGCUCCACCACCACCAUGCAGACAGUCCGAAGCACGGACACCAAUGAAGUCGACAAGCUCAUAUUCAGAGAAAGUGAUAAUGACAGAAAGGUUGUUCUUCAGCUGGAAAAGAAGCUUUUUAGUUAUGUCAACCAAGACGUUUUCCGGGAAAACAAUGGGACCUUGCUUUUAGAGUUUGACAAAGAGCUGUCAGUGUUCAAGGAUCGGCUGCAUGAAUUGGAAAUCUCAUUCCCACCCAGUUACCCGUACAGUGAAGACAGCAAUCAGGGGAAGCAGUACAUGAACACCAGAUGCCCCGCCUGGUGUGACCGAAUCCUCAUGUCUUCAUCUGCCAGAGACAUGGUUUUAAAGCCAGAAAACGAGGAGAGGUCUCUAAUCUAUGACAACGUCGGGCCCAAUGUCUGCAUGGGCGACCACAAGCCUGUUUUCCUGUCCUUCCGAAUAACAGCGGGGGCAGGUAAACCUAAUGCAAAUAAGCACAAGUGUUGUGUGGUGCAGUGAUGUCGUGGGAAUUGUUGCCAAAGGGGGGAGAAUAUAUUCUGUGAAGCGCCUCUGUGAGAACACAAGGAGAGAGAGAGAGAGAGAGAGAGAGACACACUCUCACACACACACACACACUCACACACGCACUUUCCACAAGCAUACACUGAAGAAGAAGAACCAAUACAAACUUUCCAGCAGUGCUGACUUGUCCUCUUCACACUUCAUUCAAUUGAAACCUCCCCCUUUUUUCCCCUUCCUCUCCAUAAAACACUUGUUGAAAUGUGGACCAGCACCCGAGAGCGAGGGCCUGGCUCCAGACAAGACACACAUCGCUGACCUCACCGUUGCCAUGCAACCCCCCCCCCCCCCCCACUUUUCCCUAACCCCUGCAUUUGGGGAAAGAAAAAAGAAGAUGAGGAUGGACGCUGGAUGGGCCUUGAAACUCUAAAUCUUCACACAAAUAUCAGUCCUGCUACACAAACUUGUGUGCACACAUGUAAGUGUUUUAAAGACAAAUACGUGCAAUGCAAAAUAAGAUGUGUGUCUAUAUUGUUAGUUAUUUGUACAGUAUAACUUUAGGGUUGUUACUGCUUCUACAACAAGUCUCACAAUAUCUUUAUAUGAAUAUUU